AUGUCGAAAAACCACACCUUUUUCAUCUAUUUCAUUCUCCUACACAUAACCACAUCCCUAGGAAAAACCGAGCAUUGCGAAAUUCUGCUACCACGACAGUUUGAUGCUACUAUAUCCAACAAAUUCCAUAACGACCCUGCAACAAUCCAACAUGCUUCCAAUGACUAUGGCAACAUGGUUCAUGAAUCUCCAAUAGCAGUGUUUCAUCCGUCUUCUAUACAAGACAUAGUAACCCUAAUUAAAAUCUCAUACAAUAGCUCCGUUCCUUUCAGCAUAGCAGCUAGAGGGCAAGGUCACUCCACAAACGGUCAAGCCAUGGCACGCGACGGAGUUGUAGUUGACAUGGCUAGCUUCAGAAAACAACGAAAACGCGUAGCAAUUAGUGUCUCCGAAGAUCCUGUGUUUGGUUACUAUGUUGAUGUUGGAGGAGAACAACUAUGGAUUGAUGUUUUGUAUGCUACACUGGAACAUGGACUUGCACCUGUUUCUUGGACUGACUAUCUUUACCUAACGGUGGGAGGAACACUUUCCAAUGCUGGAAUUAGUGGGCAGACAUUUCGUUAUGGACCUCAAAUCAGCAACGUUCAUGAAUUGGAUGUCAUUACUGGAAAAGGAGAUUUUGUAACAUGCUCUUCUGAGAAGAAUUCAAAGCUAUAUCACAGUGUUCUUGGAGGUUUAGGACAAUUCGGAGUUAUAACAAGAGCAAGAUUUUCUGUUGAGCCAGCUCCUACAAUGGUCAAGUGGAUGAGACUCAUUUACAGUGACUUUUCAGCUUUUACCAAAGACCAGGAACGAUUAAUCUCAAUGAAUGGAAUAAAAUUGAAUUUUUUGGAAGGGAUGGUGCUAAUGCAACAAGGUUCCAUAAAUAAUUGGAGAUCCUCUUUCUUUCCUUUAUCUCAACAUUCAAGAAUAGUUUCUUUAAUAAAUAAGCACAACAUUCUCUACUGUCUUGAUUUGGCUAAGUAUUAUUAUGAUCAUCAAUCUCACAAAAUGGUGGACAAGGAGAUUCAAGUUAUGCUUCAAGGACUAGCUUAUAUUCCUGGAUUUCACUAUGAGAAAAAUGUUUCAUAUGUUGAGUUCUUGAAUAGAGUCCGAAGUGGAGAAUUGAAGCUUCAGUCACAAGGAUUGUGGGAUGUUCCUCACCCAUGGCUUAAUUUGUUUAUACCAAAGUCUCAAAUAUUGGAUUUUAAUUCAGGUGUAUUUAAGGAUAUAAUUCUUAAAAGAAACAUCACUAAUGGAAUUGUCCUCGUUUAUCCCAUGAAUAAAAGCAAGUGGGAUGAUAGAAUGUCAGCAAUUAUACCAGAUGAGGAUGUUUUUUAUACAGUUGGAUUUUUACACUCGGGUGGAUUUGAUAAUUGGAAAGCAUAUGAUGCUCAAAACAAAGAAAUUUUGAAGUUUUGUAGUGAUGUUGGUAUAAAGGUUAAGCAAUAUCUUCCCAAUCACAGCACACAUGAAGAUUGGAAAAAUCAUUUUAGUACUAAAUGGAAAAGUUUCUUAGAAAGAAAACAUCAGUUUGAUCCCAGAAUGAUUCUAUCACCUGGACAGAAAAUCUUCAACAAUAAUUAUUACCAUACAUUUUAA